AUGUGCUUAGAAAACCAAGUUCUCAAUGCUAGCGAGAACAAUACAGUCGCGUACAAUGCCACUGUAAUAAAUAACUUCAAUCUAGAAAACACAACCACAAAAGAAAUGGUGACUAACAGAAGAGUUGUUACUGAUGACCGUUCGGAAAAGGAACGCAUCUCCAUGGUGGGGUUAAUUUCGGCAUUGGUCACAGUGGGAUCAUUUUGCCUUGGGCUUACCUUGGCCUAUGUUUAUAGAAAACGACAGUUAGCUGGCAGAAAUAAUCACAGAAACUCUCAUUUCAAACCAACUAUGACUGUAGCGAUGAAAAAUAUACAUUCAAGAGGAAGAGCAUCGUCGCUUCCACUUGUGGUACUUCGGGACACGCGAAUCUUUGACAAUUUGCAUACAUGUAGGCAUCUUCAACGUCAGUAUUCAGUGCCUAAUUUUGCAAAUAAAAACAGUAGGGGCUCCCAUGGCAAGUCGUUCGAUGCCCCGCACUAUUGGGAAAUCCCUGACGCUCUCGUAGAUUCCAAUGACCAGCCGGCCCCUGGACAACUCGACGCUCCACAUUAUUGGGAAAUUCCGGACUCCUUAGUUGAUUUUGACGCAAUCGGCACCCCUCGGGCAAUUCCGGGCACCCUCGUGAACUCUACUCGCCAGCCGACGACAGACGAACGCGGAGAAGCCCACUAUUGGGAAAUCCCGGACGCCCUGGUUCAUUCCGCACCGAAUUCGGAAGAACUUGACAAACCUCGUGAAAUCCCGGAACCCCUCGUAAACUCCACUUGCCAGCCGACAACAGACGCUCUUGACGGUGCCCACUAUUGGAACACCAUUCGAGCCCACCGACGACCGUCAUCACUUCCAAUCGAUAUCCUAACUAAUCAUAACAAUGAGCCAAGGCCAUGCUCUCUUCCACAUCAGUACUGGAACAAUCCAGAUGAAGAUAUCGAUGGUGACUCUACCACCUUCUACGCUUCAGCAGCAGAGCCAAAGUUUACCGUUGUCACUAGGAGCGAGGAUUGUGAUCGACUAUACAAAGGCAUGGCUUCUAGCACAAGGACACAGACAGGCGGAGGACAUUCGAUUCAGGCUACAUACAGAACUGAUGAUGUUCAAACGGCCUUUGUGGCUGUUACUGAAGACUAUAGCAUGGAUAACUAG